AUGGAGAAAGAAUUAGAAGUCGAUGAUGAGGAUCAUGAGGGCUUCUUUUGUUGUCAAUCAGAUAAUUCUAUGUUCAUUUUUCGUUGUGACAAAUUCAUUGUUUAUCUUCUUCUUUAUGUCGAUGAUAUCAUUGUUACGGGCAACUCGACUCCUUUGAUCACCAAAUUCAUAUCCCUUUUGCCUGCCGAGUUUGCUAUGAAAGAUUUAGGUGGAGUGCAGGCGAUACGUACUUCCAAAGGUUUAUUUUUGUGUCAGAAAAAGUAUGUCCAUGAUUUACUUCUAAAAUUCCAUCUGCACACUGCUAAACCUGUGCGUACCCCUCUUCCUAGUCGUACCACACUUUCUAUUACAGAUGGUGAUUUAUCAUCCGAUCCUACUGAGUAUCGCAGUAUGGUUGGAGCUUUACAGUACUUGAUUAUGACAAGACCUGGUAUUACAUAUGCUGUGCAUUUAGUUUUCCAAUUUAUGCAUGCACCCCGCACAUCUCACAUGUUGGUUGUUAAGCGUAUAUACAGGUACUUGCAGGGUACUGUGGACUACGGUUUAUGCCUUCGCCCCGGCCCAGACAUGUCAAUCAUGAUUGCCUACUCAGAUGCGGAUUGGGCAGGUUGUCCAGAUAGUUGUCGUUCCACCACUGGUUAUGCAAUUUUUCUUGGUGGCAACCUCAUUUUCUGGCGCUCGAAGAAGCAACCCACUGUCUCCAAAUCUUCCACAGAAGCAAAGUACCGCGUUGUUGCAUACACGGUACAGGAUACUCUCUGGAUUCGUUCCUUGUUAGCUGAGUUGAGAAUAGUCAUCCGCGCACCCGUAAAGCUCUUUUGUGAUAAUGUUUCUGCAUCCUAUCUUGCGGUCAAUCCGGUUCAACAUGAUCGUAGCAAACAUAUCAAAAUAGAUUAUCAUUUCGUUCGGGAGCGUGUUGCUCAUGGUGAUUUAGUUGUUCGUUAUGUCCCUGAUGAGUUACAAAUUGUUGACAUUUUUACGAAAGGUUUGUCGGAUCAGCGUUUUGUGUUUUUAAGGUCCAAUCUGCACGUGGUUCCCCCUGCACAGAUUGAGGGAGUGUAA